CGGAUGCCGAUGUGAACAUAUACCACCUGCUCCUGUAGUGUCCAUGCCCGCGCCGCAGGAUCCGCGGAGCUGCCAUUAUCGAGACUCUCUUGCCUAUUGCCCUACGGCUUUAAUCCUUCUAGUGCAGGAGAAAAAUAGAACCCUAAAGACAGGCAGCUCCUAGGCACCAGCACAGGAAAUAAGCAAUGGGGGUGGGGUCCUUUGCUCGCGCCGAAAUUCAAAGGAAUAAAUAGUUCCGGCGCGGGUGUUGAGAGCGGGGUGGUGGGGAUUGUAGCCGCUAUGGUGAAAUUCGCUUCGUAGCAGCCGCGGCUAGAGAAUUGGCCUGCUCCCCUCCUUUGUCAACCGGAGGAGCUUUUGGAGUGCGUCAAGCCCUGGCCUGAGGCAGCGGUUCACAUUCCACUUAGACGGUGUUAUUUCUGUUUCGUAUAGAACUGGUUUGUGGCCUGUUUGAUGCCUGUCAGAGGUUUGCUGACGCAAAACAGUGUCGAAAAUGCAUAUUAAGUCAAUUGUUCUAGAGGGAUUCAAGUCCUAUGCUCAGAGGACCGAAGUCAAUGGUUUUGACCCCCUCUUCAAUGCUAUCACUGGUUUAAAUGGUAGUGGAAAAUCCAACAUAUUGGACUCCAUCUGCUUUUUGCUGGGCAUCUCCAACCUGUCUCAGGUUCGGGCUUCUAAUUUACAAGAUUUAGUUUACAAAAAUGGGCAGGCUGGUAUUACCAAAGCCUCGGUGUCAAUUACUUUUGAUAAUUCUGACAAAAAGCAAAGUCCUUUAGGAUUUGAGGUUCAUGAUGAAAUCACAGUAACAAGGCAGGUGGUUAUUGGUGGUAGAAAUAAAUAUUUAAUCAAUGGAGUAAAUGCCAACAACACCAGAGUACAGGAUCUCUUCUGUUCUGUUGGCCUUAAUGUUAACAACCCCCACUUUCUCAUCAUGCAGGGCCGAAUUACGAAAGUAUUGAAUAUGAAACCUCCAGAGAUUUUAUCCAUGAUAGAAGAAGCAGCUGGAACCAGGAUGUAUGAAUACAAAAAAAUAGCUGCACAGAAAACUAUAGAAAAAAAGGAGGCAAAGCUGAAAGAAAUUAAGACGAUACUUGAAGAAGAGAUCACUCCAACCAUUCAAAAAUUAAAAGAGGAAAGAUCUUCCUACUUGGAGUACCAAAAAGUAAUGAGAGAAAUAGAACAUUUGAGUCGUUUAUAUAUUGCUUAUCAGUUUUUGCUGGCUGAAGAUACCAAAGCACGCUCAGCUGAGGAGUUAAAAGAAAUGCAAGAUAAAGUUAUAAAGCUUCAGGAAGAAUUGUGUGAGAACGAUAAAAAAAUAAAAGCACUUAAUCAUGAAAUAGAAGAAUUGGAAAAAAGAAAAGAUAAGGAAAUAGGAGGUAUACUUCGAUCUUUAGAAGAUGCUCUUGCGGAGGCUCAGCGAGUUAAUACUAAAACUCAAAGUGCUUUUGAUCUCAAGAAGAAAAAUCUGGCAUGUGAAGAAAGCAAACGCAAAGAGCUGGAAAAAAAUAUGGUUGAGGACUCUAAAACUUUAGCAGCAAAGGAAAAAGAGGUUAAAAAGAUAACAGAUGGACUGCAUGCCCUUCAAGAGGCAAGUAAUAAAGAUGCUGAAGCUUUGGCUGCUGCACAGCAGCACUUCAAUGCUGUUUCCGCUGGCCUGUCCAGUAAUGAAGAUGGAGCAGAAGCAACUCUUGCUGGUCAAAUGAUGGCCUGUAAAAAUGAUAUAAGUAAAGCUCAGACAGAAGCCAAACAGGCUCAGAUGAAGUUGAAGCAUGCUCAGCAGGAAUUAAAGAAUAAACAAGCUGAAGUUAAGAAGAUGGAUAGUGGCUACAGAAAGGAUCAAGAAGCUUUAGAAGCUGUAAAAAGACUUAAAGAAAAACUUGAAGCCGAAAUGGAAAAGCUAAAUUAUGAAGAAAAUAAAGAAGAAAGCCUUUUGGAAAAGCGCAGGCAGCUGUCUCGUGAUAUUAGUAGAUUGAAAGAAACAUAUGAAGCUCUAUUAGCCAGAUUUCCCAAUCUUCGAUUUGCAUACAAGGAUCCAGAGAAGAAUUGGAAUAGAAAUUGUGUGAAAGGACUUGUGGCUUCUCUGAUUAGUGUGAAAGAUACUUCUGCAACCACAGCUUUAGAAUUAGUGGCUGGGGAACGACUCUACAAUGUUGUAGUAGACACAGAAGUUACUGGUAAAAAGCUACUAGAAAGAGGGGAACUGAAACGUCGAUACACUAUAAUUCCACUCAAUAAAAUUUCAGCCAGAUGUAUUGCACCAGAAACUCUGAGAGUUGCUCAGAAUCUUGUUGGCCCUGACAACGUUCAUGUGGCUCUUUCCCUGGUUGAAUAUAAACCAGAACUUCAGAAAGCAAUGGAGUUUGUCUUUGGAACAACAUUUGUUUGUGACAAUAUGGAUAAUGCCAAAAAAGUGGCCUUUGAUAAAAGGAUAAUGACUAGAACUGUAACUCUUGGAGGUGAUGUGUUUGAUCCUCAUGGGACAUUGAGUGGAGGUGCUCGAUCCCAGGCAGCUUCUAUUUUAACCAAGUUUCAAGAACUCAAAGAUGUUCAGGAUGAACUGAGAAUCAAAGAGAAUGAGCUGCGGGCUCUAGAGGAGGAAUUAGCAGGUCUUAAAAACACUGCUGAGAAGUAUCGUCAACUAAAACAGCAGUGGGAGAUGAAAACUGAAGAGGCAGAUUUAUUACAAACCAAGCUCCAGCAAAGCUCCUAUCACAAGCAACAAGAAGAAUUAGAUGCCCUUAAAAAAACCAUUGAGGAAAGUGAGGAGACUUUGAAAAACACUAAAGAAAUCCAGAAAAAAGCAGAAGAAAAAUAUGAAGUACUGGAGAAUAAAAUGAAAAAUGCAGAAGCUGAGAGAGAGCGAGAACUGAAGGAUGCUCAAAAGAAACUGGAUUGUGCCAAAACAAAGGCAGAUGCAUCUAGCAAGAAAAUGAAAGAAAAACAGCAGGAAGUUGAAGCUAUCACUCUGGAACUGGAAGAGCUCAAGAGAGAACAUACCUCUUACAAGCAACAGCUUGAAGCUGUAAAUGAAGCUAUCAAAUCCUAUGAAAGUCAGAUUGAAGUAAUGGCAGCUGAGGUGGCUAAAAAUAAGGAGUCAGUAAAUAAAGCCCAAGAAGAGGUGACCAAGCAAAAAGAGGUGAUAACAGCCCAAGACACUGUAAUUAAAGCUAAAUACAUGGAAGUGGCAAAGCACAAGGAGCAAAACAAUGAUUCUCAGCUUAAAAUUAAGGAAUUAGACCACAACAUCAGCAAACAUAAACGGGAGGCUGAAGAUGGCGCUGCAAAGGUAUCCAAAAUGUUGAAAGAUUAUGACUGGAUUAAUACAGAGAGACACCUCUUUGGCCAACCCAAUACUGCCUAUGAUUUCAAAACUAACAACCCUAAAGAAGCUGGUCAAAGACUUCAGAAGUUGCAAGAAAUGAAGGAGAAACUAGGAAGAAAUGUCAAUAUGAGAGCUAUGAAUGUACUGACGGAAGCUGAAGAGCGGUAUAAUGACUUGAUGAAGAAGAAGAGAAUUGUGGAAAAUGACAAAUCCAAAAUUCUUACAACUAUAGAAGACCUUGACCAGAAGAAAAACCAAGCCCUAAAUAUUGCAUGGCAAAAGGUGAACAAGGACUUUGGCUCUAUAUUUUCUACUCUUUUGCCUGGUGCUAAUGCUAUGCUUGCACCACCAGAGGGUCAAACUGUUUUGGAUGGCCUGGAGUUCAAGGUUGCCUUAGGAAAUACCUGGAAGGAAAACCUAACCGAACUUAGUGGUGGUCAGAGGUCUUUAGUGGCCUUGUCAUUAAUACUGUCCAUGCUCCUCUUCAAACCUGCUCCAAUUUAUAUCCUUGAUGAGGUAGAUGCAGCCUUGGAUCUUUCUCAUACCCAAAAUAUUGGACAGAUGCUGCGUACUCAUUUCACACAUUCUCAGUUCAUUGUGGUGUCACUAAAAGAAGGUAUGUUCAACAAUGCAAACGUUCUUUUCAAAACCAAAUUUGUGGAUGGUGUUUCUACAGUAGCCAGAUUUACUCAAUGUCAAAAUGGAAAGAUUUCAAAGGAAGCAAAAUCUAAGGCAAAAGCACCCAAAGGAGCACAUAUGGACAUUUAAACUACAAAUGUAUUUCUUCACCUUGACCUGCUUUUUUAAACUUAAACUUUUAAGGACUUGAGAUAGUUUAUAUAAAAAUAAUGUUGUUAUGUUACUUAACCCAUGUUUUCUCUUUAUAUAAUCAUUUAUAAAUGAGGAUAUAUUCCCUCAUCUCUUGUCUAAUUAUGGUCCAAUUAUUGCGGCUGUGAUUGUAUGCAUAUCAUCAAAUGUUUUUUUCUUAUGCAGGUCCUUUAUAUAUUAGGGAUCCUGAGAUACCUGAUUCUGUAUGUAAAAGCUAAUAUACAAAAAAGCAAAUUAAAUUACGUGAUAAAUGUAGCUGAUUAUCAGUGUUUAAUUCAUUUAAUUCCUAAGGCAAUAUUAAUGUGUUUUCUAUUGUAAUGAAGUCGUUCAGGUAAGGAAGAAUUAAAGGGAACACAUAGAAAGUUAUUAUGCAUGCACGGAGCUUUGAGGUUAGUUCAUUAAGGACCCCUGAUUUAGACUGAGAUGGAAAACAGGUCUUAAAAGAUUUAUUUUAAUGGUAUAUGAAUAUCAUGUUCCUGUAUGCUUAAUAAUUGGUCUACAACUUUAAUGUGUUUUGUUUUUUUUUUAAGCAUUGUAAGUAUUUUUAAAUCGAAGCUGAGGAGGAGGUGGGUGGUGUGGUGCUGUCUCCUGUAUGUUUAUCUGAAGUCUAUUAAUAUUUUCUAAGAUUUUUGUCAGCCUUUUCAUAAUCCAAUCAUUAACAACCUAUUGGUAAAUGAGAAUGUAGGAGCCAGUAGACUAAACCAAAUUUGUUUCCUGAGCCUGACAAAUAUAUAAAUAUAAAUAAAUCAAUCCAUCUCUUACAGCAGAAUAAUUCAAAAGUUGGAUGAUUAUUUGUGUCUUCUGCUUUCCAGUUUAAAGGGAUGAAAUUCCUUUAGUACUUAAAAGAUGACACCAGCAAACAUCAUGAGAAUACUAUCUAUAUAGUUCUUAGUAUCUCUAGGUACAUCACUAGAACAUUGACUCCAAACUGAGUCAUAAAAGCUCUAAUGUGAUGUAAUCUGAUCUUCUGUAUGUGAUUUUGGCCUCACAUCUCUUCCUGAUUUUUGAGUCUUAUUUCCUUAGUAUUAUUAUCAUACUUUCUCUGGUAUAUGUUGUACUUCCUGGCCCUGGGCUUGACAUUUCUCAUCCUUCAUUCUCCAUACGUAUAUCAGAAAACAUGCAGUAACUGAUACUAUGGGACACAUUGGAAAGAACUGAAUCUGGAAUUAGUUCUGUCCACUGUGGAGGGGAGGGGAAAUAAUGCUGUAAAUGUUGAGUUACAGAAAGUCCAAUGUCACGUAUAAUAAAGUUUUUUUGUUUCCUUUCAAAUGUAUUGCAAACUGUGCCCAACAAUUGUAUCAAUUCACACUGUCAACAUUAAAGUAUACCACAGUAUACAAAUUAGUCAUUACUUGCUGUUAAUUUUAUUCUUGAUUUAAUAGUUAUUAAGUGGUACUCCAUUGCUGUUUUAGUCAAUGUUUUAAAAAUAAUUUAGGAAAUUGACUAUUUUGACUGAUGUACUAAUUUCCUUUGCUACAAGUUUUCUGUGUGUAUGCAUUCUAAUUUUUGUCUUGUAUAACCUUGAUCUUUGAAAAUCCUCAAACAUGUAUUAAAUGUUUGUGAGUAAUGUUUUGUUUUUUUUUAUUAGAGGGAAGACAUUAAGGGGGUUGGAGACAUUUGUUUCACACGUCUGCAGUAAUAUGAGUUAACUAGUAUUUACCAAGCUUUUUCUGUACAUUAGCUGCUGUUAUCAUUUGUAUGUAUUUUCAUAUUUGAUCCUCAAAGUAAUCUAGUAAGGCAGAUAAUAUUGUUGUCAGCACUGUGUGAGGAAUUGAGUUGAGUAGAAAAAUUAGGAAACUUGCUCAGGGUGAUAAUACAGUGAGUGAGUGCCAGGGCCCAUGUAAAGAUCUUGCCUGUCUCCAGAACCUAAGAUAUACCACCUCACUGACUGCUUUAACAUUUGUAUUUGUUGUACAAAAUAAAUUUAAGAAAAAUACUUGUA